GAAGGGGUCUCUGCCCUGGGGUGCUCGGGCCGGGGGCUCCACGUUGGUCCCUGGGGGAUGUGGAAAGCAGGCAGCAUGUCGGCGGAGCUGGGGAUCGGCCUCGCUCUGCGAGCAGUGAACGAGCGCGUGCAGCAGGCGGUGGCGCGGCGGCCGCGGGAUCUCCCAGCCAUCCAACCCCGGCUAGUAGCGGUCAGCAAAACCAAACCUGCAGACAUGGUGAUAGAGGCCUACAGUCACGGGCAACGCACUUUCGGGGAGAACUAUGUUCAGGAACUGCUUGAAAAAGCAUCAAAUCCUCAAAUUCUGUCUUCGUGUCCUGAGAUCAAAUGGCACUUCAUUGGCCAUCUACAGAAACAAAAUGUCAACAAAUUGAUGGCUGUCCCCAACCUCUCCAUGUUGGAGACGGUCGAUUCUGUGAAGCUGGCCGACAAAGUGAACAGUGCAUGGCAGAAAAAAGGUUCCCCCGAAAGGUUAAAGGUUAUGGUCCAGAUAAACACAAGCGGAGAGGAGAGCAAACACGGCCUGCCCCCUGCAGAGACGGCGGCCCUGGUGGAACACAUCAACGCCAAGUGCCCCAGCCUGGAGUUCGUGGGGCUGAUGACCAUCGGGAGCUUUGGGCACGAUCUUAGUCAAGGACCGAACCCGGACUUCCAGGUGUUGCUGUCCGUCCGGGAGGAGCUGUGCAGGAAGCUGGGCGUCCCUCCCGACCAGGUGGAGCUGAGCAUGGGCAUGUCCAUGGACUUCCAGCACGCGAUUGAAGUGGGAUCUACAAACGUCCGCAUCGGAAGCACCAUUUUUGGAGAGCGAGAUUACUCCAAGAAAGCGGCCCCAGACACGCCCGCAGCAGAGCUGAAGGCCCCAGAGGAAGUGGCCCAGGCACACUGACCCGAAGCCGGAUCCAGAAAGACUCACUGUGCGCUCACCUGGGCCUCCACCUUCCACGGCCCCAAGUCACCGCAUCUCCACGCCCUCCUGGGGUCCUGACGAGAGCAUGCCCAGGGCGAUGUGUGUGGAUGGGAAGUGUCUUAUGUAGUUUCUGACACAGGAAGCUCACUGCAAGCAGUGGCUUUGGACUGGAUUUGAGGAAUCCAGACGUUUCUGCAGAUCAGAUGCCUAGGUCAGGGCCAGGAGUUGAGUUCAGGCUUGAACUUUGCCCAGGAAUGCGUUUCCCAGGUGUUGCCUGUAAUCGCCACAGUCAGAGGGAUUCCCACUCGUCAUCCACUUGGAUAGAAAAUCCCUGUUGCCAACUCCGUACAAACCCCACAGAGCAGUCACCUCUGCCACGCCAAAGCAGCAUGGUCUCUGUCCGCCCCCCCCCCCCCCGUUUUCCAUCCCACCCAGUUAACACCAGUCUCCACUCCAGAUGGCAACUUUGGGUAACUUCAGGACCCAGCUCGAGUUAAUCCCCCACGCCCAUAUUGUGGCCGAUGAGAGUUGUGUCAUCCAUCAACCACCCUGUGACCCUGAAAAUUACAGGGUGACUACCAUGAGUGGGCCUCGGGCCUUCCUACCGUCCCCUCCAGAGACAGGACUUUGAGCUUUUCCCUGAGGCCCUAUGGUGAUGAGAAUCGAAAGAUACGAUUUUUCUGCCACCAGGGUCCUUGCUGUGAUGAUUUCCUAUCAAACACCAGUGGAUCUCCAGUAGCUCCCCAGAAAUUAAAGUUUUCCCCCAAAGCCAGUUCAGGCUCACAGUUUCAACAAGACUUGGCUUUGAGGGUCCUAUUCCUGGGAGUACUUUUUAGGCGCAUUUAUAGCUUCCCCUCCCGAGCAUAUUUAUAAGACAGGAAUUUGCAACUCUAGAUUGUUAAUAGAGUAGCUAGCUCUUCAAAACCCAGAAAGCACAAUUCUCAGGCAGUUACAACAGACAGCUGUAGUCUGGGUCAUCCUUUGUUUUCUAGGUGGGUUUUUUUUAUUUAUUCAAACCCCAGUCUUUUAAUUGUAUGACAAUAACUCCCAUGAUGCUGCUACUGAAUGCAAUUUUGUAAAACUUAAACCAUUAUGAUUCCUAUACUGUUUGAAUCAAAGCUCUAGUGUGAUAAUUCAGCAUCUAUUAAAUAAAAAUGUGAGUUUGAAGUACAACUUCUGUGCUAAUUACAAAGCAAUUAAAAGAUUUA